CAUCUCGUCAAAACAAAGCGGGGGCGAGCCGGAGCGAGCAAGCGGCAGUUCUUGCUUCUGGCUUCUUACUGAAUGAGUCCCCGCAGGUCGGACCUUUCCACCGCCCGCCCGCCCGCACCCCGAUGCCCGUGAGGGUGCGCAGACAGGCGGCUAACAGAACAGGAGGCAGCCGCUGAUGAACCCGGACAGUAAACAGUUCCCCUCAGCACUACAUGACCGUUUCAUCUCAGCAGGAGCUAUACGACAAGAUCAGGAACGAUGCUUGAUGGACUGCGGCGGAGGCACGCCUCCCGGCCCUCCCCUCGACCCCUGUCGCUCAACUUCAGCACCUUCUCGCCCCCUCCUCCGAGCCCGGAUUUGGACAGCAGCAAUGAGCAUCCAAUCAGGAGGACUCUGCACCGGCUGAAGUUGAUGAGCUCUCCCAGCCUCAGUGAGCUGGGGAAGAGUGAGAAAAGUUCGCCGGAGGACCGAGGGGAGAAGCAGAAGAGGGCAGGAGCCAACGCCACCUGGAACAGCAUCCAUAAUGCUGUGAUAGCAGUCUUCCAAAAGAAGGGCUUGGCGGAUAAUGAACUUUACGUCCUUAAUGAGGGUGUCCGACAUCUUUUAAAGACUGAGCUGGGGUCCUUCUUCACAGAAUACCUUCAGAAUCAGCUGCUAACGAAAGGCAUGGUCAUCCUGCGGGACAAAAUAAGAUUCUAUGAAGGUCAGAAGUUACUUGACUCUCUGGCAGAGACCUGGGACUUCUUCUUCUGUGAUGUUCUCUCAAUGCUGCAGGCCAUCUUCCACCCAGUUCAGGGUAAGGAGCCUUCUGUCCGACAGCUCGCCCUGCUGCACUUCAGGAACACCAUAGUGCUCAGCGUAAAGCUGGAGGACGCCCUGUCUCGCCCGCGGGCCCGUGUGCCUCCCUCUGUUACACAAAUGCUGCUCAUCCUACAGGGGGUCCAUGAGCCACGUGGUGUGACUGAGGAAUAUCUGAGGUUGGAGUCACUGAUUCAGAAGGUAGUCUCGCCCUACUUGGGCACCCAUGGGCUUUACUCUGGAGAUGAUGCUGAAGCUCACUGCAGUGUUCUGGAGAAGCCUUGGGGCUGGUCCAAGUCAGCGGAUCAACCGUCUAAAACCCCCGUGGUACGAUCAAAGAGCUACAAUGUUCCUUUGCUGCUGACCCCAGUGGCUGAGUAUGACCCAGAUGCCAACUCGGCUGGCAGUGGAGGAAUUCGGCGUCACUCGGCCUGCGAGAUUAUAUCGUGCCUGGAGGAGCAAGGACUGGCCUAUGCUGACCUGGCCCCAGGAUCAGAACUGUCUGGCUCCUCCUCCAACAGACUGUGUGUGGGCUCUCAGUUCAACGGUAUAGUACAAGCUGGAGCCAGUGCCAUGGACUUGCCUCGGCUGUCUCCCUCCAUCCUCCCGCUUCAUUCCUCAGGAGCUCUCCAUGGCACCGAGGCCACAACAACAAUGACUGAUCUCAGUAAGGGAGCAUCCUCUACGCCGCCCAGUGAAUCAUCCAGCCCUGAAACCAUAAUUGGACAAGUGCUAGAGUCUGCAGACUCAGGCCCAGACGGGAUAUUUAUUGAUUUCCCAUCUCACUCCUCAGAGGCGAUGGGGCUCAGCCUCAGCCACGAGAGCAGGCAGAGCACUGUGUAACUGUGGUUGCCUUUAGGGAUGCACCCCCCUCAUUCUGGAGGCAAGAAAUCGUACAUUUCGAAUGGGUACCAUCUUACUGUUUAGCUUUGGGUUUUUUGCUGAAGUAUGAUAAGUUUCCCUGACUAGUUCCUUCCAAGUGCUUUCACUGAAGAAUGAAAUUUUCAUUCUUAAAAACAAGAAAAACACGAUUGUUAAAUAAGUGGUACUGUUAUUAAAGGACUCGAGGAUGCAUCUGAUGGUACUUCACAUUUUCACUGUUAUCAACAAAAAAUCUCUUAAAAAGAUUACAAUGAGCAAUGAAUUGAUGAUUAUGAACAAGUGCUCCAUUGUUUUUUGAACAUAUCAGUAAGCCACACACUUGGACUGCAACAUUCCUUAUUUCUUUUGUUUGCAUUUCUACUUUUAUGCACUACGGAAGCGUUGGCUUAUAUUGUAUCUAAAGUGAAACCACAGAGCAGUCUCAUCAUUUCAUAGCUACCAUUGAUUCACAUCUUUUAGACUGUUAUUUUGAAAUAUUACCUUAAAAUCUGCAUAAAAAGUUUAGUUAAAUAAUAAAUUAAUGUUUUAAAAAGUUUUUCCCCCCGACGUUAUACAUUUACCACCAUGUUUGCUGUUGCAGAAAAGUGUUGCUCCUAUAACGUCUCUGCUGUAAAUUGGUUCUAAAGACUUGGGUCUAGGAAUAAAUGAGCUUAGGUGAGAGUCACACCCAGACUGAUACACUGUUUAUUUUCUCCAUGGGUUUUUUUCAACAAUAAGAAAAAUAAUAAAACUGUGGAGUGUUAUCAGGCUUAUCCGUUUCCCCACAGAGGUGCUCUUGAGUAAGAGUAAAAUUUGAAAUGAUAAGGAUUUUCUUACCUCUGCGGAGGAGAAAGCUGCCACGGUUACCUAGAGAAACCUUUCAUACACAAUCCAUUUCGUGGAUUUGCUUUGUAAAUGUGUAAUGUCGAACAGUUUUAUAUUUUCUGCCGGGUAGUAAUGAGCUCCUCUGCUCUCAUGCGUCAGCAGCGCUCGUAGAGUCUUUUCAGCGCAAACAUCAGUGUGACGGCAUUUUGGCGAACAGGACAAUGUUUAUUGUUUACAUUUGACAAAGAUAUGAAGAUUUUGACUGAAUGUUGUCUCACACACUGUAUUUUGCACCACCACUACCUUGUAAAUAAAACUGCAUUGUUUUUUUUCUUUUUUUUUUUUCUUUUUUCAGAAGCUGUAAAGUGAGCAUUUACCUUGAAAAGAACUUAAAUUUUAAUAAGGGCUUUUUAACUGAAUCUUUUUCAAUGAUGUUUUACCUCAAGCGUUUUGUACUUUACUUUUUUGACAAUCUAUGAUGUCUCUGGAGUUGUACUUUGUAUUAAUUUGUAAUACUAGCCCAGUAAAAGAGAAAUAAAUGCAUUUGAGGAAUAUAUAUAUAUAUAUCUAUAAAAAAACACAGUGCACCUUCUUCUGUUUUAAAAAAGCAUUUUAUUAGAAAUAAAUGUCUGCCCUGCCUUUGUACAGCA